AUGAAGGCCGCUCUUUUUAUCACAUCCACCAUUGUGGGCGCUGCUUCCGCGUUCAAGGCUCGUUAUUACGAUGGGCAGGAGGGUGCUUGUGGAUGCGGCUCGAGCUCCAGUGGUGCAGCCUCCUGGCAGCUUGGUAUUAGCAGCGGAGUCUACACAGCCGCCGGCUCUCAGGCUCUCUACGAUACAGCCGGCGCUUCGUGGUGCGGCGCGGGCUGCGGUAAAUGCUACAAAUUGACAUCGACGGGACAGGCGCCUUGCUCCACCUGCGGUACGGGUGGUGUUGCUGGCCAGAGCAUCAUUGUCAUGGUCACAAACCUCUGCCCCAACAAUGGAAACGCUCAGUGGUGCCCAACGGUCGGUGGUACUAACCAAUACGGUUACAGCUACCACUUCGAUAUUAUGGCAAAAACCCCAGUCUUUGGGGAUAACGUGGUUGUUGAUUUCGAGCCUGUAGUCUGCCCAGGUCAGGCUACUUCCGACUGGGAAACUUGUCUCUGUAUUGAUAUGCAAGAGACGGAUACUACGCCUGUUGGUCUUGGUGACCCUGGCUCGCCUCCUUCCAGCAGCUCAAGCCCGCCUCCAGCGACAUCAUCAACACCACCAUCUGGUGGAGGAACACAAGUACUCUUUGGGCAGUGUGGAGGCAUUGGCUGGACAGGUCCUACGACUUGUCAGCCCCCAGCCACUUGCAAGGCGCAGAAUCAGUGGUACUCUCAGUGCCUCAAUUGA